AUGUUUCCAGUCGGAAUUCAGGAUUUGUCUGUUUCGGAAACAUGUAAAAUCAUUCGGCCGCCCUUUCUCUGCCCUAUUCGGUCGUUAUUGAUUUUUCUUCCUCGAUGGCGUUCAAUCGCCCUGCUCCCAAACGGAAGCAGACUUCUUCGGACCACAGCUAAUCUUCUACUUCAAUUUGUACCAUAUUCUGCAUAUAAGGAACUCUAUAACCAAGUCGUCACCCUCACCUCCCUUGUAAACCAGCUGAGUGGAGCAAUAAUUGAAUCGGGACAAAACAAAUUAGCUGUGGAAGUGGCCGAAUCAUGCGAACAACUUUCUGAUAUGUCUCUAAUUGCCGAUCCACUCUUCCAGCAAACUUUUUCCUCUACCGAUUCUCCUGCUCUUUUCGACCCGUCUUCGAAGAUCCCGCCAGUCACAUCACCUAUUGCUCCGGUCGCCACAAUCAACUCUUUGGACAUUGCACGCGAAGCUGCCAAGCUUCUCGAUAAAUUUACGCAAGUUGUUAUUGAAAGGAUGCAGGACAUUCAUGACAACCCGAAACAGGAAUCUGAGGAUCUCGACUUCUUCCAGUAA